AUGAGGCUCACAUUGACCGGCUUACUAUUGCUCACUAAGGGAGCUUUUGCCGAUGAUUGUGCGUUUACGGUGAGUGUAUUGGACGUCGCAGGUGUGCAGUGCGUCCCAUCGGCGCCGUGCUCUGGAACUUACUAUGCGUCAGGACUCUCUCAAGGGGUUGGAGCCUGUCCCAACGGUGCAAAUUGCGCGCUGCUUCCAGAGACACCUAUUAUGGGCUGUGCUGCUGCAGGUCGCUCGGACCUUAUAUAUGUAAACUCUGACGGAACGCUGACCAAGGAUGGCAAGUCGGUGACGCUUUCAGGUGCACCAAUAGAUGUGCAGGAUUCGAUUCCGACGGCUCCUUCUGUUAGUAGCACGAGUAAUCUCAAUAAUCCAGCGGUCAUUAACCCCACGACAAGCGUCAGCUCUACCGUUAAUAGCCCAACGACGAGCAGCCUUACGAACACUCCCACAAUAAGCAGUCCCGAAAACCAUCCUGCGGAUAAAAUUAUCGACAACAAUGACAACAAUAACAAUAAUCGCAACAACGACAUCAACAUCAGUAAUGGCAACAAUGACGACAACACCAGUAACGGCAACAGCAGUAGUGUUAACAACAGUGAUGGCAAGAAUGGCAACAACAGUAACGACGAUAAGAAUGGCAACAAUGAUAAUAGGAAUGGCCCAUUCAAAGGAAAUGGCAAUAACGACACUAGUGGAGGUUAUGCCAGCAAUGCUAGUUCAGGCUCCGGUCUGCCUCUUCUGCAGGAUAGUGACGGGAACCUGGAAGACAAAAGCGUAAUGAAAAUCACGAUCUCUCCAAUGUCACCAGAUUCCAACAGCUCUACAAGGCGUCCUGAUUCUGGCGACUCACCCGGCAGUAGCUUGGCAAACCAACAAUCGUUUAAUCCAGGCUCGAUUCUGAGCGAUAGCACGAAUACGAAUGAUGAAAAAGAGGAUGGUGGCAUGGGGAUUGCCUCGGUACUUGCUAUCUGUAUGGGCUGUGUGGCUGUUGUGGCGGUCGCGGUGGGUGCACGGCUUUUGAGGAAGGGCACAGAGGCAGAGAUGGUGACGCCAGGAAUAUCAGGAGUAAACGACGGCUAUAAUAAUGGCGUCGGUGGUGGUGGUAUAACUCCUAAAGAGAAUGUCCUACUGCUUUAA